CGUUGCCUGUGCUGCUCUUGCUCCAGAUCGCCGCGUUUCAUCAUCACCAGACACACAAUGCGACGUCUGCUCGGACUGCUAAAGCUGCAUGCGCUGCGCCCCGGCCGAUCUCUUGGCCAGAAAGCACCAAGCUAUCUUGAAACGAGAUGGCCAGCUUGCCAUGGCCGUGAUCUGCUGACUCGAUACCAAUCCACGUCGUCUGCAGCCACCGCCGCCAAUCUCGACCGCGAUCUCGAUCUGAUCCACAAAAUCGAGCUGCGGGUCGGCCGAAUUCAAGACAUCCAAGUCCAUCCCGAGGCCGAUGGUUUGUUUGUGGAGCAAGUUGACGUUGGAGAUGCGGCACCGACUGCGGCACCGGCUGCGACGACUCCCGAUGGAUCCGUCUCCAACGGAGAUGCGUCCAGCAGCCCUCAAAGGCGGCUCAGGACCAUCGUCAGCGGCUUGACCAAGUUCUACGGUGCUCAGGAACUCAAGGAUCGGCAUGUGGUUGUUGUCUGCAACCUCAAGCCGCGCAAGUUCAAGGGCAUCAAGUCCGAGGGCAUGUUGCUGUGCGGAUUCAAGGACGACAUGGUCGAGGUUCUCGACCCACCGGCCGGAAGCCAGCCAGGCGAUCAAGUCUGGGCGGAGAGCUGCGAUCCAAAUGUCAAGCCCGAGACCGUCCUGAACCCCAAGAAGCAGGUGUUUGAGCAGUGCCAGCCACACUUUUCGAUCCGGGAGGAUGGAGUGGCGGUCUACAAAGGCGCUGCUCUCAAGACCCAGAAAGGGGUCGUCACCAUCAAGACGCUCCGUAGCGGCGGAAUCAGUUAGGGUCCGAAGG